GUAAUACAAUGACCCUAAUGAGCUCUGGGGUUCAUUAUUAAAAUAAAACCCAGAAACUGAUUGUUAAAACCACAUACUGGUUUUUUUUGUGCGCAUGAUGAUGCGCAGCAGUGUGCGCUCCGGCGGCGCGCAGCCAGCAGCGGCAGGAAGUAUGUUGUCGAAGCGGCGGUAGAGAGAAGGUAGUUGGGGAAAAGAGCCAAGAAGCAAAAGUCGGUGUUUGAACCGGAGGAAGAGAAAAUAAAUCAUGCCGAAUCCGUGAAAUCUGCGUACUUUUGCAUCUCCACGCCGUGCAUCGUCCACCCGUGCGGGCGCAGAGGCCGAUUGAGGUGAUACCUCAUUUGCUGGUGUGACCCCUGCCGGCCCGCCACCUCCCAAGGUGGGCCCCGAUUGGCUGGACCUGCCCUGGGGAAGCAAUCGGCACCCUCAGCUGAAGAGCUAAGCCCCGCAGUUUCCUCCCCCAUCCCCCCUACGUCACUGUUCAUUUCUUUGAUGUGAACUGUGAUUCCCUCCGUCCUGUUUGCUUUAGAGUACUAUGGCAAUGCAUGAUAUGAGUCGUGCCAAGGGUUUCCCCUGUAAAGAGUGUGAUAUGGUUUGUCCGAGUACUCCAAGUCUUCUAGAACAUAUGAAAGCACAUUAUCAGCAAGAAGAAAACGGACGUUUUGAGUGUGAACAGUGUGGGCGAGUUUACAAGCACGCAGCUAGCCUAGCCAAUCAUAAAAAAUCUCACGAAGUGGGUUCAUUCCAGUGUCCAGUUUGUACGCGUACGCUGCCCAACGCGGUAGCUUUGAAAAACCACCUACGUAUCCAUACUUUGUCCCCCAGUAGUGCACACGCAGAAGAAGAGAGUGAAGAAGUUCCCGAAGAAACGGGCCACGACGAGAGGGACUACGGUCUCGCCCAAGACCUCUCAGACGGGUUUGGGCGCUCACAUUUGAACAAUAGUGGUAUGGGACAUAGUGUCCUACAAGGCCACGAGACAGACAACCACGGUAAAAAAGGUUCUCCCGAGCACGACAACGCUUGGGACAGACCAUUCAAGUGUGAUCAGUGCGAGAGAACCUACCGGCAUCACGGUAGCCUGGUGAACCACAAGAAGUGUCAUCAGCAAGGAACUUUUAAGUGCUCUGUGUGUUUUAAACAAUUUAGCAACCUGGCUGCCCUAAACAGCCACGAGAGAACUCAUUCGAAGUUCAAGACCCCUGGAGCCUCAAUGGUGAGCAGCAGCAGCCUCCACGACUCACGCAGCAGUGGCACCCAGUCGUCUCAGAGCAACGACACUGCCUCGUGCUUUUGCCACCUGUGUCAGAUAGUGCUGCCAAAUAAGACAGACUUUCAGGAGCACAUACUGCUACACAACGCAGCCUCGCCCUCCCUUGGUCUGCCGCGCAAUUUCCCAGGAAUCAUGGCCCACAAUCUGAGUGCGGUUCGAUCCCCAGCAUACACCCCUGCGCUGGGUGACCCUCUGCCCCUGCCACCCCUGCCCACUGACAAAAGAGGCCCCUAUGACCCCAUUAUGGGCCCUCCAGUCAACAAUCCCAUCUACACAUGCGCAUAUUGUGGCGCAGGACAUCCAGAUCUGGAGACCUUAAAAGUCCACUAUCUGACCCAUGACCCUAACCCUGCCUCUCACGGCCAGGAAAGCUCCAUUCUCAGCUCUGGAUCGCAGGGCUCAGUGUCCUCUCCCUCCGGAGGCCGUGUGCCCCAGGCCAAUUCUCCAGAUAAUGGAGAGCGACGCUUCAAGUGUGGAGAGUGUGACAAAAGCUACCGGCAUGCAGGAAGCUUGGUCAACCACAAGCGCUGCCAUCAGACAGGCCACUACCAAUGCACAAUCUGCUGUAAGCAGUACCCCCACCUGGCAGCGCUACACAGCCACCUACGAAGCCACAAGGGGCGUUCUGGCAACACGUCUUUAAAUAAUGACGGCAGUGACUGGCUGUCUCCAGAGCCGCUAACCCUGGACUCCCAGCAGAGCUACGUCCAGGAAGGCAGCGGCGCCACCACUCCAAUUUCCCUGCCAGGGAAUCUUGGUGAUGCGGCCCACUUUGUACAAGAUGGUGGCCAUAGCAGUGGGUUGGACUCUCUUGAGUUUCACGAUCGCUUUGAUGGUAGCUCACUUUCCCAGAGCAACUCUGCUCACCGUCAGGCUGACAGACAUGUGUGCGCCGACUGCGGCGAGAUGUAUGGAGAUGUAUCUGGAAUCAAGUCGCACAUGUGUCCUCGUCGUGGCCAGCAGCCUCAACAGCAGCAAGGGAACAUGUCAAACGGUUUCAUGGGAAACAUGAACUACGACAGCUCCAGUGCAACCUCGCUGCCUGCUGGAAGCUCCAGCAGCCUGAAAGAAGGCAGCAGCCAGCGACAAUAUUCCCAGAGCGGAGGCAAGAGAAUGGGAAGCAAUGACAAAGAUGAUGACGAUGGAGAAGUGUAUCAGUGUUCGGUGUGUGGCAAUCACUACGCCAGCCUCCGAGCCCUCAGGAGCCACCUGCGUAGCCAUGCGAAUAACCCAACAGGGCCCGGCCCUUCCUCCCUGGAGCAGGAGUGGAGGAUGAUCUGCUCCACUUGUGGCCAGAGCUUCUCAAGGAAGCAAGACCUCCUGAAUCACCAGUUAGUCCAUGGCCCCCAAAGGCCUGAUGGCCAGCAACAGAGUAUUGUAGGCAGCUCGGCUAAUGGCAAUGACAAGAUGGACGGACGCAACCAUAUUUGUGUUGACUGUGGCAUGUUUUUUGCCGACCGCCACCACCUGAUCACACACCUGUGUCCUGGUAAGAAUAGGUCUAGCUCCCUGAGCAAGCAGGGUCUGAAUGGAGCCAAAGGGAUGUCCGGAGGAGAAGGAGUCGCUGGUGGAGGGGUUGCUGGUGGAAGCCGUGAGGUUGGUGGCGAUGGACGUAGGCCUAUGGUGGACCAAAGUGACAAGCCCCAUAAGUGCGACCAAUGCGGGCGAGGAUACAGACACCCCUGCUCACUCCUUAACCACAAGAAGUCACACAAGACGGGGGUUUUCCGCUGCUUGGUGUGCCAGAAACGCUACUACAAUCUGCUGGCUCUCAAGAAUCACCAAAGGACCCACUUUGAUCUAAAGAGGCACAAGUGUGAAGAAUGUGGAAAGGCUUUCAAGAUCCAAAAGCAGCUGAUCAACCACCUUCGUCUCCACGAGGAGCACCGAGCCAAAGGUCUUGUUCGGACUGGCCCCAACAGUUCUCGCUUCCAGCAGCCUGGGACAUCUCAAAUGCAGAAUAUGAGAGGAGAAUCAUCAAAGGCCCAGCCGAUGGGCGUGAAAUAUAGCCAGCAAGGGUUCAAGAAGCCCUACUCUUCAGCUGGAACUUCAAGGCCCCAGAAGUUUGAUCCAUCUGAGACUGGACGUCGGCCUUUUUCAUGCGAAGAAUGUGGCAAGACAUACCGACAUGCAGGUAGCCUGGCCAAUCACAAAAACCUUCACAAAAUUGGGGAGUACCACUGCAACGUUUGCAACUCCACAUACCCCAACAGGCUGGCAAUGAAAAACCAUCUACGUCUCCACUUUGCCCAGAAGAAGCACAACUGCCAAGAGUGCGGCAAGGGCUUCCGUACCCAGAGGCAGCUAGCUACCCACACUACAGCUGGCCUGUGCAAAGGGCCGCAGGGUCCCGGGGUCCAGAUGGAUUUUGAGUGCGAUGGCUGCUGCGAAGGCUUUGCCACGGCCGAUGAGCUUGCAGCCCACGACUGCCCGGCCCAGCACCUGCCUUCAUCCUCCUCAAGCAACACCCCCAAUAUCAGCUUGGAGAGAAGUUCUGUGGAUCUGGACUCUGACGAGAGACCCUACGCUUGUGACCUGUGCAGCUGUGCCUACAAACAUGCAAGCUCAUUGCUGAACCACAAGCACACCCACAAGACAGGCAACUUCCGUUGCAAUUUCUGCGACAAGCCCUACACCAACUAUAUGGCCCUGCGCAACCAUAUGCGCAUCCACACGCAGCGUAAGAAGCACAUCUGCCACACGUGUGGGAAAGCCUUCCGGCUUGCCAGGUUCCUCCGAAACCACCAGAAGGUCCACGAGGAGGGUGCUACCCCCUUUGGCUGCCCCACCUGUGGGAAGAGUUUCCAGGGGAGAUCCGGCCUGGCCAGGCACCGCUGCGGAGACAACCAGGUAGGCAUGGAAAUCAGGAAGAAGGCCACUGCGACCCCGGGAGAGGGCGAGGAGUGUCGGUACACGUGUGAUCAAUGCGGACGCUCCUACCGCCACGCCAGCUCCCUCCUCAACCACAAGAACACCCACACAGUCGGCAUCUAUCACUGCGCCGUGUGCCUCAAGACCUACUCCAACCUGCUUGCCCUGAAGAACCACCGUCGUAUCCACUCAGAGAUACGGCGCCACAAAUGCCACGACUGCGGAAAGGCAUUCCGCGUUUCCUCCCAGCUCCACAACCAUCGACGCGUCCACCAAAAGCAGCGGGAGCUCACCUGCCGGUCCUGCCAAAGAUCCUUCCCCACGCAGGCCAGCUUCAGCCUCCACAUGGAGAUCACCCAUGGCCAGACGCCGCAGCCCCGUCAGCCCAGACCCCAGCAGCCUCUGCCGGGGGGCUCCAAGGAGCUGGGCUGGGGGUCAGGCCUGGACCUCACGUUGAUGCAAGAGCAAGGACUGCACCCUAGCAGCAUUGCCAAAGCCCGCAGCCGUGGUGGUCACAGCGAGGUCCUCAAGCCCCACGUCUGCGAUCAGUGUGGCCGCUCUUACCGCCACGCCAGCUCCCUACUCAACCACAAGAACAGCCACAAGACUGGGACCUACUUCUGCAACUCCUGCCAGAAGGAGUUCCCCAACCUGAUGUCCCUCAAGAACCACCGCCGGAUCCACACCGAGCCCAAACGCUACCAGUGUCCCGACUGCGGGAAGUCCUUCCGUGUCUCCACCCAACUCAUCUGCCACCGCCGCAUCCACACCAAGGAGAAGCCGUUCUCCUGCCAGCAGUGCGACAAGCACUUCUCCUCCAAGUCCAACCUGAGGCACCACAUGAAGGUGCACUGGAACGGAUCCACGGCGCCCCCUCCCAUGGCCAUGGGUGCGCCCAACUUCCUGGAUCUGAGUCCGGUGGGUUCCUCCUCCCGGACCUUCACCUGCAAUCAGUGUGGCCGCUCUUACCGCCACGCCAGCUCCCUACUCAACCACAAGAACAGCCACAAGACCGGGACCUACUUCUGCAACACCUGCCAGAAGGAGUUCCCCAACCUGAUGUCCCUCAAGAACCACGGCCGGAUCCACACCGAGCCCAAACGCUACCAGUGUCCCGACUGUGGGAAGUCCUUCCGCGUGUCCACGGCGCUCGUCUGCCACUGUCGCAUCCACACCAAGGAGAAGCCGUUCUCCUGCCAGCAGUGCGACAAGCUCUUCUCGUCUCGGGCAAACCUGCGGCACCACAUGAAGGUGCACUGGAGGGGGCCGCAGCUGUCCCGUAGGCCAUCCGCCUUCCUCAGCGUCCCCUCCAGACCGUUCAUCUAGACCUCCAAUACAUUGAGGGAAACACAUUUAAAACUUCUAAAUAUCGUGCUGCAGGAAUGAGUCCUAAAUCCCUAACAUUAGUUAGCAUUUUAGCACUAGCUAUUCCCUCGUCCGGAAGUCAAUGGUUUGUUGAAUGAGUUUUUGUUUAGAGGUUGAAAUAAGGUCUGUGGUUAACAGACUUUCAGGUUUUGUUCUGCAACAUAAAAUACAUCAGUAAAUAACCCACUGGUGAAUGCCUGAAGCUUCAAGGUUUUUUGAAAACCGUGUUUCCUAAAUGAGAUUACUAAAGGCCAUCAUGCCAAACAUAAGCUAACUUUAGUUUAGCGAUGUCGACAUAAAGUCAUGUGACCAGCUCUUAGUUUGUUAACGCUAACUUUUUCUUCCGGAUAUUCCAAUUGACAGUUGUGUCAAUUUGUAAAGAUAUUCUGCUGAACAAAACCUGUAAAGUAUCAAUACAUUCUGCAAUAAUCUAAAAUCCAAUAGAAUAAUCUCAUUGGCUUUUUGGGGAGGGAACCAGGGAGAUGCUCAUUUCAUCCCACCACCACUCUGUCAAUAUCUCUAUAUGACUUAAAUAUUUCACCAAAUACAUUUUGAGGAGGCAACUCCGACUCCCAGAAUGUAUUUCCCGAACACACAGCCAACAGAACUCCUGGCAGCAAGCUAACUUAAAAUAAAUAUAUAAAACUGAAUCAACGACAUCAAUUUACAAAUUCUGUUUUGGAAAAAAUGAAGCCCAGACUUUGAGUUGUAUCCAAAACCCACCAACCCACCAUUGGCCAAAAAUGUUGCAGUUGUUUACCACCAUCGUGGAGAGGAGGCUAAAGAUGGAAUAACAGAAGUAUGAAAUAUUUCGGAAGAUCUCCUUAAACAAUCAGCAGCUUAACGCAAAACUCUGCGAUGUAAAAACUGUGAUUACACGAGAGAGAAACAAUGCUGUGUUCAGGAGCUUCAGAUAAAAGAUUCCGACCUUUGUGAUGUGUUCAGGUGCAAUACUCUCGUUAACUUCGCACAAACUUUGAAGUAGAAGUGGAGGAACUGCAACAUCACCAUGGACAAACACAAGCACAUUCAGUGUUUUUUCAUACUGCAGACGAUAAAGAAAAUGUACGGAAGCUCUGAGAGGCAAGUGAGGACAAAAGAAAUCUGGUGAUACAAUUUCUAUAUCUGACCUAAAUAGAUUUCUCUUAUUUUAUGAGUUGAAAACAGCUGAAUGACAAAAGUGUGUGAAUAUGUUUUCAUCUUUAAAACAGGUCGAUUUUUUGGUUGAUGUAUUUUCGCCUUUGAGUAAUUCAAAUAAAACCUGGGACAUUGUGGUUAGAUUUAAAGAAAAAUCAAAGAAAAUUCACAAAGUUCCUAAAGUUAUUGUGAGUGUAUUAAUUAAAAAUUUACAUUUUUUGUGAGGGUCUUUGUUAUUGUAAAAAAGGCCAAUGUGCACAAAAAUUAUUUUUUAAAAUAUAUCUCAAAAAAGCAUUUAUGUUUUCUUCCAGUAUAGUUACAGAGUUACAUUUUAAACAUAAUUUAUUUUUCUUUUAUACAUUUUUUUUUUUUAUAACCGCAAUGUUCCUGGUUCGAUUCCAGCCGUGGGACACGUCACACCCCAUGUUUUUUUCACUUUUUCGACACUGAUAACUGUCAAGCAAAGGCGAAGUUCUCCCAAAAAUGUAUCUGUGACCUGUUGAAGACGUAAAGCAGAAAGAAAUAUUGAGAUGGCUUCAGGUACAGCUAUUAAAAUGAACUGACAUUUCCACCUUAAGGGAUUUAAAGUGGUUCGACUCCACUGUGGAGCGUUUGAGGGCCAUCAGAGUCGAGAGCGUUUGGUUCUUCGUAGAGAUUUUUUGUUUCACAAUGUGACGUCUGAUUUUAACAUCAAGCAUGGCAGUUCAUUAAUGCCACGUGGAGACAAAUCUACCACAUACGUUUAUUUUAUUUUUAAUAUUUCAUUACAUAAGGAAUUUAAUAGUUCUGACCUAGAAAAGAACAUUUGUAUAAAUACCUCUUCAUAUUUUUUAUUCAAUCUUAUUUAGUGUAAAAACGAUUGAACAUCAAACACUUUGAAGAAAACUCCCAUGUGAAUACAUUACAUGACAUGUCACUUGUUAGACGCUUUUAUCCAAAGCGACUUACAUACUCAAUACUGUGGACAAUCCCCACAGGAGCAAUUUGGGGUGAAGUGUCUCAGGGACACAACGACAUGCUGACUGCAGUGGGGUUUGAACCUGUGACCCCUGAUCCGAACACCAUCGCACAACCCACUGCACCACACGCCUCCCCGCCUGUGUAAAUAAACAGCAAUAACACUAUCCCUUGUGAGUAAAAAAGAUUUAGAAGAAAAUAUUUAAUUUAUAGGAAACAAAACAAUACAUUAAUAAAGAAAAUGUAAAAUCACAUAUAAUGAAAGUAUUAAAAAAAGACUUUCAAAUCACAAAGUUUCUACAUGAAGGUUUCGCAUAGUUGUACAAAUCUUUAUUAUGAGAUAGUAAGUCCUAAUAUCUCAUAAUUUGGAAAAAAAUGUUAUUAAGAGGGGAGCGCUUACACUUUUUAGUUGGUAGAUUUUUCUUCCAUGUUUUCUCUGAAUGUGAGCUUGUUGGAUUUCUGUCACGGACAAAGCGGAUGUCGGGAGCCAUUUUGUUUUUGUCUGCAGGAAAUCAGCGAGUCGCUUGUCCACCAGCAAAACUAAAAACACUCAUUUAUAUUUCUGUAUUUUCUGAUAACUCAUAGUUAAGGUUUUUAGAAAGUGGUGGUAGCUAGCUGCAGCUCCUUUCUUUUUGCUUUUGUAAAAUCAUCCAUCAAUGCAUAGUCAAGGGUUACGUGCGUAAAUUAGGCCCUAUACUAUGGAAGCCUAUAUAUGCCACAAUUAUGAAAUACUUUACUCAACACCUUUUUUUGUUAGACUUGGGGUUUUUGUAUUUAAUGUUCCCUGUUUUAUUUUUAAAUGUAUUUUCUCUUUGUGUCUCUUCCAGUUUUACUUCCUGUGUUUCCACGCCUGUGCCUGAUUGUGUUCACCUGCUGCCCCUGUGUCCCCCCACCCUCCAGCUGUGUGUUGUCUCUGUGAUUAGGCUUGUAUGUAUUUUGGUUUGUCUUCCCUUGUGUUCUUUGUUAUAUCGUUGUCUAUGUUCCUGCCUGUUUCCCCAAGUUGCUGUCUGCGUUUCUGCUCCUGUUUCUCAUGCCCUCUGGUUUCUACUUGUUUAUUUUGUUCUUCGUUUUUGUUGUUUUGUUUUACCUGGUCCGUGGCCUGUACUACGAAGCCAGUUCAACAGACCCUGGAUAUCUUUGAGUUAUCUGGCUUAACUAACCAUAACAAACAAGAUCUCGCUAAGCGGUCCUACGAUGCUGGUUAUCAACUCAGUAACUCAACCCAGGGUUUCUCUGUCCGGCUGAGAGCGCGUUCACGUGAAAGAGGCGGGGUUAGCAACAUUUGACCAAUCACAAACAUGGACAAGUCUACUGACAGUGCAUUGACAUACUUCAUGAUUGAAUAGUAAACUAUCAUGUUAGACAAAUAUGAAGAAGUUAAACUUUAAACAUCCAUGACUUAAACACUUAAUCCAGGAUAAAAGCCACAUAGUUGCACCUGCAAGGUGAAUACAGAACAGCGCUUCGUCAACUUAAUGUGUUGCUUAAAAUAAUACUUCUGCCUACAGUAUGUGUCACUGUAAGUGUUGCACAGCCAGAUACGGCUCGAGAAGCUGACUCAGAUAAGGAAGUAUGUGAUAUGAUGUGAUUGACGAUGUGAUAUGAAUGUGGCGGACUGUAAUGUUACUUUGAUCCGGUUACUUAUGUUGUGGCAGAUAUUUAAGCUUUCUUAACGAUAAUGUAAUAAUAGUGAGAUUGCUCAGAAGAUGGGAGGUGAUAUUCUAUUCAUUCAUAGAAUGUAUUUCCUCUAUCCUGUAAUAUGACUUGAUAGCUUAAAACUCCGCACAAUGAGCUCUGAUUGGUCAGCAGGCAAAGCUUUCACUGAGUUGAUCUCUUAACUGGAACAUAAUCUUCUCCGGAGCAGGUUAGGUGUUCAGCAUAAGUUAACUUGGAGAUCUACCCCAGUAAGAAGUGAACCAGCGUCGUAGGCCCGAAAACCCAGAAUUAACCCUGAAGUUACCUCGCUAACCGCAAAUCCUGCUUCGUAGUACAGGCCACUGGUCCCCCUCUUUGUAUCGGGUUUUUAGCAAAGCCUUUUGUUUGAACUUUAUUACCAGCUUCCUGUGUUUUACUGUGUUUUGGUACUAUCUGCUAGUUAAUCCCUUACAGUACUAAAAAAGGAAACCAAAAAACCCCAAAUCAUGACAUAUUUUUACUUUUGUAAAUGUUUCUAAUAACAGAGGGUUUGGGGGUAACAUGUACUUUUUCUUAUCAGAAAUUAUAAAGAUUGAAUGGUUUGUGACUCAUUCAGAAAAAAAGUGAAUUCAAGCAAUUGUCAAGUGAAUUUGAAACCUUUUAAAUGGCACAAAAAAAGAAAUGUGAAUUAGGCAUGUUGCUCCACGUCAUGCAACGUAUUCCAGAUUUAAAAAAAUGUAAGGUGUUUUUUUAUACAGCAACGCGUCUUAGUAUCCGCUCAUUACAUAAAUACUGUCCUUUCAAAAUAAACCUCCAUCUUCUACAUCGCA